AUGGACGAUAAACAGAUAUACGAGAACUCCACCGACAUACCGAAGGCUAGCUUGCAACUUCCGACAAUUACCGUUGGUAACGAAAGACCGCGGCGUUACUCGUUAACCAGUUUAAAAGAUCAUCGUCUCCCGUUUGAAAACGAAAACGAUUGCGGGAGGACGGUAGAAGGAGAAGUUGAAGCACAUGAAAAUGUCGACAAAACGUGGCAGUUGAAAAUGAAGCCACUCGCCAAUCAUGAGAAAAGAACCAGACAUUAUUCUCUGACUAGAUCAAAAAAUCGUCGUUCCUAUCUGUAUACGGAUGAAGACAGAAAUUUCUUAACGAAGACGGUUGUGAACGAGACUGUCAACGAUAAAACGACGCAAACGUUAAGAGUACCAUUGACUCGUGAGGGAAGAACGAUACACUGUUCGUUGUCGAAUCUCAACGACCCGUCGAACGAUCUUCUGUCCACCAGAUUGACUUCUACUUUUAGAUCCGUCAGAUGUCGACAAUCGAGUAAUCCGGAGAAGAUCGUGAUCGAUGAUAUUCCUCUGGCAGAUUCCUCGAACGAUCACGUGGAAAUCGACGCCGGUACACCUCCACCGGUUGACGAAUCUCUCUUCUACGAUAAUCUUGACGUAUUCAGACAAGCGCAGAUCAACAGCAACGAUCUUAGAUCGAUCAUGUGGUCAAUCGUCACUACGGCUGAAAUGAAAAUAUUACUUCAGCUAGAAAAGUGUAACGCGUUACCAGAGAUACCGGCAGGAGAACGAAUAAGAAAUAUAGCGUACAUGUGGUGCUGUUAUCGCAAUUUGGCGCAUCUAUUACCAAAAUUGGAACAAUCAGGCGUGAAAUUAGAUUACGUGGAGCCUAGCACGGGCAUGAACGCGAUCCUAGCUGCAUCGUUAAGUGGUAGCGUGGCUUGCAUCGAGCAUCUGAUAAAAAGAGGCGUCGAUAUCAAUUACCGGAAUCCGAUCAAUCAUUAUACGCCUCUUCACUUCGCUAUCUUAGGAAAUUCGCCUGAUACAGCCCGGAUACUGCUUGAUAACGGUGCAAAGCCGAGUACGUAUCUUUACCAGGAGGUGGCCGAACCAGUUUUGCAUUGCGCUAUCAGAGCAGGGGCUGUGGAAAUAGUAAAAUUAUUAUUGGAACGAGGAGCAAGUAUCGUCGAGAAAAACCAUAUGGGCGAGACACCGCUCCACGUAGCUUGUUUCGUUCAAUCAAUAAAAUGCGUUGAAUUACUUCUAGAUUCGCCCGGUACCAAUGUCAACGCAGUGGAUCGGGCACACAGAACUCCUCUUCAUUUUGCCGUGAUGACCACUUAUUCCUCUGCAAAGCUCGUAGAACUUUUGUUAAAACACGGUGCCUUGGUGAAUGCAGCGGACAAAACUGGCUUCACUCCUCUUCAUGUGGCGGCAUUAAACGAACAAUCUCAUUGUGUGGAUGUAUUAAUUUGGGCCGGUGCAGACGUCAGUGCGACCACCAGCGCGGGACUUUCCGCUUUGAACAUUAUUCUCAGAAAGAUACCAGAUUCUCUUCAAGUAUUUCGACAAAGAUUAGACGCCUCGAUAACGCUCAGAAGGCCCGUGCCUCACAAUAGAGAGUUUGAGAUGAGAUUGCACUUCGAUUUACUCUUUCCCAGUGGGAAUCAAUGCGAGACCAGUUUCAUCAACACUUUCGUUCAGGAACGCCGUAAAGAUUUGCUGUCCCAUCCGUUGGUAAUGGCUUUCCUGCAUUUGAAAUGGGAGAAGAUUAGAAAAUUCUAUUUACUCAGAAUUCUAGUUUACGCUAUGACCGUGAUCUGUAUGACCACAUAUGUACUCACCGCACUAGCUUACAAAUGUUACAACCACGACGAGGCGAACAGCUCCAAGAUUUGCAGCAGCAAACGUAUCUCUGGAUUCUUAUUCAGGCGACCAGUGAUCGAAAUUCAAUGGUAUCUUUUAUUAAUAUUCACUUGUAUCUCUAUUCCUAGGAAGAUAUUCGGUUUCAUGGUAUACACGUCCGCGAAGCAAUACUUCUCGAAUAUCGACAAUGUGUUGGAUGGUGUUGUUAUAAUCAGCGUUUUCGUCACGUCAUUCGUGUACACGGGACGCACAUACGAUUGGCAAAAUUACGUCGGAGCAUUUGCGAUACUGUGCGCUUGGACAAACCUGAUGCUGAUGGUUGGUCAACUACCGGCUUUUGGCACGUACGUGGCGAUGUUCACUCACAUACAAUUCGAAUUUGCUAAGCUACUGCUUGCUUAUUCUGGAUUGCUGAUAGGUUUCACUAUCAGUUUUUGCGUCAUUUUCGUCGGAGAACCGUCCUUCGGUAAUCCUUUCACGGGACUCAUCAAAGUAUUAGCAAUGAUGGCUGGAGAAUUGGACUUUGAAGGGCUUAUCACGCAAAUCGAUCAAGGAUUAGAAUCCGAUGGACCUUUUGUUAUUUAUCAUCCGUUAUCGGUAUGCUCUCAGAUCCUCUUCACUUUGUUCAUCGUAUUUGUCACGGUUAUAUUGAUGAACUUGCUGGUUGGAAUAGCUGUUCACGACAUUCAAGGUUUAAGAAAUCACGCUGGUCUCACGAAACUUGUACGUCAAACAAAAUUGAUUCUAUUUACGGAAAUGGUCUUGCACAACAGUUCGAUUCCGUACGCUUUUCGGAAAUGGAUGUCCGAUCAUAAGAUUAACGUGGAGAAUAGAAGGAGAGUCUUAGUGGUGAAACCGUUGAAUCCUUUGGAGAAAAGACUACCUAAAGAUAUUUUGAAGGCUGCUUAUGAAAUAGCACAGAAAAAUAUACCGUUCAUGAAUGACGAAAACAUUAAUUUGAGCGAUCACGUAAUAAAAAUGCGACAACAUAGCGAGGAAUAUUUCGACUCGAAUUUGCAAUUGAUUAUUGAGAAUUUAGCAAAUAAACUACAAUCUUACGAAGAUAUGAUCAAGUCGUUGAAAGAACAAUUGUUAGAUACUAAUAAAAUGCUGGAAAGUGUUGUGAAAAAUCUGGCAAAGGAAAAGAAUAACUGAGCUCGACUAGGUACUUGAUUGAUUGAAAUUACAAAAUAGUUUAUUGAGAAUCGAGGAAACUUAACUGUAGUUAGUUAAUAAUGUGCACGUGAACGAUUGCAAAUAAUCGAAACUACAUCUUAAUAUUUAAUAAAUUAAAAUCCGAUAAAAUCGAUUGAUUUAACUUUCUAUAUAAAUAUCAUUUUAAGCAUUGUAACGAGUGACUUAUGAGAAAAGGGUGGCGGAACCAGAAGUGAAAGUGAACGUAGAAAAAAAAUACACAUGUUUAGUAACGAUGGUACUAAGACUAAUGGUACUAAUUUUUAUUUUUUUUUUUAUACUUUUUAGAUUAGCUUCUUUCGUCAUAACAAUUUUUCACGUCUUUGAAUAGUUAUGAUUUAUUUUUAGGAUUGUUAUUACUAUAAUAAAAAAAUAAUAUAUACAUAUAUAGUAUAAACGAAUAUUCGUAUUUAAUAAGUUCGUAUUUGAUAAUUUAAAAAUUUAGAAAUUAUAUUUUCGAUGUUGUUCAAUUUCUUAAAGCACAAAUAUUUACAAUUCAUUAUGAUUAUUUUUAAGAAAAUGAAUAUGUUUUCUUAAUAAACAUUUUACUAUAGAAAAUAUUUAAUUAGGUAUUGAUUAAUUAAUUUAAUUAAUCUCUUUUUAUUUCUUUUUUACAAAUUCUUAAGGGAAAACAAAA